AUGGAGAGCCUGAUUUAUCGCCGCAGGGAUAAGGCGCCCCGCCCGAUGGCAAAGGGAUUUUUCCCCGGUGCAAGCGCUGAAACCAGCACACGAAUGGUGUACGCUGACCACUACUGGAUGCCGUUAUUAAACGGAAGUCGUAACAAGCAAUUGCGUCUGAGGCGUCAGUGGAACCCGAUCGAGCCGAUUGCGUCUCCCGGCUGCGCAAUUAAGAAGCAGCACACGAAACGUACGGCCCUCGGACCUCAGCCCCCGCCGCAGCAUCAUUUAAGAUUGAACAAACAGACCCCAGAUAAAUACGCUCUCGUAUAUCGAGAUGCUAUCGCCUCGGCCUCGGGUUGCAUCCCGACAUCGGCCUCAAUCAUACUGCGUUCGGAUCGGGUGACGCGGCGACGCGAACCGCGCUCUUACUGCCUGGCAAUAAGGGUGAACUUCCCGGUGUUACCACGGCUCCUAAUUCGAUUAGAGCGCUCGACCCGCGAGAGCAUAUCAUUGCAGCUGUCCCAUUGUGCUGUCGCCCUGGUGGCUUGCGUGCCGCGGCCGACCUCGACACCGGGGCAGCGCCGCGCUCCGAAGUCUCUACCUACGCGGCGUCCGAUUCCCCGCUUCCAGCUUUUCCUUCGGAUUUCCUUACGCCUUGGCGGUUUUCCGAGCGAAGUGGGAAAAAAAACCACCUCGGCGCCCGUCCUGCUCUCGCGCGCUGCACCUUGCACCGGCCAUUAUCUCCUUUUCGCUCUUUUGUUUCGACACGCCGACAUCUCGCUCGGCGCUCCGCCCAUCCGAGUCGUCUGCCCGCCGCCGCCGCGUCCGUCCCUUUCGCUCGCGCGCGCGCGGCGCGGCGCGGGCGGACGGCGCGUUUUCGGCGGGCUUUUCGAAAAAGGAACGCGAAAAAGGCGCGAGGCUCGCCGCGCUCCGCACCGGCGUGCGUUAUUAGCGCGUAUUCCGAUGACGCGUCGCGAUUGCGCCCGGUGUCGGGUGACGGCCCGUGUUUACGACGGUGCCCUCUCGCGGGCUCGUGUUACGCGGCCGCGCCGAUCGCGCCGA